UUUUUGUUUCUAAGCUUCUUGCCAGUAGUCACAAAGAUGCCAUCAUUUGACUAGCCUGGCCUUGAAUUGUUUUUUUUUUUCCCUCCCAAUUUUUAUGGGGGACUAGGGCAUAAAUUAAAUUUAGAUGAGCAUUUUGGGAUUUGCUCUUGGCACGGAUUUCCAGCUGCUUCAGUGGAGUCCUCUCAGCCUGCAAAAAAAUAACAAAUUUCAGGAGAAAAUUGCUUCAUCGUUCUUUUUAAAGCAGAGGGUUUUUUUUUUCCAAAGUUGAAGUCCACGUGUCUUCAAUUUGCAUUUUUUCACUUGCUGUUCCUGGUGGAUUUUCUCGGCUGGCACAAGGAGGAUGGCUCUUCUGCUUUUGUGAGGCGUGCAUUGAUGUUUCCCUGUGGAGAGCCUGCAAAGAGAAAGUAACUGCGAUCUGGUUAUUAGAAUGUUAGACUUCAGAUUAACUUGCCAGUUGGCUGUGAAGAUUGCUGGUGGAUGUUGAAUCCGUUGCGUGCUCUCUCCGUUUAUCCUGAUCACUCUUAGAGAUUUGUUGUGAAAAGAGGGAUGCUAGCAGUGCCUCGGAAUGCCUUAUGUAGACCGUCAGAAUCGAAUUUGCGGAUUCCUGGAUAUUGAGGAUAAUGAAACCUGUGGGAAGUUCCUGCGUCGGUAUUUCAUUCUGGAUACCAAAAUCAACAGCCUUUUGUGGUACAUGGACAAUCCUCAGAAUCUGGCUGUAGGCUCAAAAGCAGUAGGAUCUCUACAACUGACCUACAUCUCUAAGGUCAGUGUGGCUCCCCCCAAACAAAAGCCGAAAACACCACACUGUUUUGUUAUCAACGCCUUGUCUCAGCGCUAUGUCUUGCAAGCAAAUGACCAAAAAGAUCUCCAAGACUGGGUGGAAGCGUUGAACACCGCCAGCAAGAUUACGGUACCAAAGCAUGGAAGUUUGUCACUAGCCACAGAAGCGGAAAGGCAUCCAUAUAAGACUGAAAUCAUUGGAGGAGUUGUCGUGCAGACACCUAUCUCUGUCAACCAGAAUGGAGGAGAUGGCUCUGAAGGCCACGAGCUUUCGUCUCACCCUUUGUUGAAGCGGUCCCAGAGUUACAACCCCGCUACCAAAACCCCAGUGGGACCACUAGUCCUCAAGAGCGGCUACUGUGUGAAGCAGGGGAACGUAAGGAAGAGCUGGAAACGCCGUUACUUCAUGCUGGAUGAAAUUUCUGUCAGUUAUUUCAAAUGCGAGCAGGAUAAAGAGCCUUUGCGGUCAAUCCUCCUGAAGGAUGUUCUGAAGACUCACGAAUGUCUCGUCAAAUCUGGUGACCUUCUAAUGAGGGAUAAUCUCUUCGAAAUUAUAACAAGCUACCGGACCUUCUAUAUCCAGGCCUACAGCCCUGAAGACAUGAAAAGCUGGAUCAAAGAGAUUACGGGUGCGGUGCAGGCAUUAAAGAGCUGUCCCAGAGAAAUGCCUUUGGUGAGAUCAGUGUCGAUGGAUAAGCGAGGAAGCCCCACCUUAUCCGGCUCCACCACGGCAUCCAUAGCAUGGCUAAAGCAGCGAGGAGAAGAGUCCAAGAUUGGUCACAAAAGUCCUUCCACUUCUUGCUGGUUGCCUUGGGUGCCCGUGCCACAGUUGGAGGAGAAGCAGCUGCCGACGUCCAAGGAACAGGCUGAGGAGCUGAGCAACUCUGGGUUUGCCCCUUUGUCCGCGGAGCGAGAUGCUGGAGAGACCCAGGUCAGGCGUUUCCGACACAGGUCGGAACCCCAGAACUUCAAAGAGCACCGUUUUCUGAUCGACUUGGAUGAUGAAAACAUCAGAACCUCAGACGUGUGACUGUGGAGCAAGGGGGUGAAACAGGCAUUCUGAGGAUGGGAUGUUCUGAAUGAACAAUUGCUAGCUUGCACCAGCUCCAAAUGCAGAGGGGGAACAGAUACUGCAAUAAAGCUAAGAAGGAUCUACACUUCACGUGUGGGUUGCUGAAGUCUUCUCAAGAUCCAGCCUCAUUCAGAGGGUGCCAGAAUGUCCACGAUGGUCCUGUUUCAAGUCGGUUGAGGAUGCCAGAACCAUGUAAAGGAGCUUACCCCGUUCACCAUUGGAAGCUGUUCGUUCCGCCAUCAUUGCUUCCUGUCUGGGAAGGGAAGGGAAGGGAAGACGACAGUCGGAGGCCUUGAUAAACAUGUCGCGUUUCUGUCUGUUUGCUUGUGCAAAAAGGCUUUACUAAGAGUUACCCGGAACAUACAGCAACAUAGUAGAUCUACUCUUUUCUGUUCUGGUAGCAACAAUGGUGCGGUUUUGCUUGAUCGGUGGAUGAAUUGAAGGCAGUUUACCUUGUUUAAUGUUCCAAAGUUUAGGCUAGAAAGAGAGUUUGUAAUCCUUUCCUUUUCCUUUCCUUUCCUUUCCUUUCCUUUCCUUUCCUUUCCUUUCCUUUCCUUUCCUUUCCUUUCCUUCCCUUCCCUUCCCUUCCCUCUUCUUCUUUUCCUUUCCUUUUCCCUUUCCCUUUCCCUCCCCUCCUUCCUUCCUCCCUUUCCUCCCUUCCUCCCUUCCUCCUUCCUCCCUUCCUCCCUUUCCUCCCUUCCUUCCUUCCUUCCUCCCUUCCCUUCCCUUUUCCCCUUCUCUUCCCUCCCUCCUACACUCUUUUCUUUUCCUUUUCCCUUUCCCUUUCCCUCCCCUCCUUCCUUCCUCCCUUUCCUCCCUUCCUUCCCUUCCUCCUUUCUUCCCUUCCCUUUUCCCCUUCCCUUCCCUCCCUCCCUCCCUUCUUUCCUUUCUCUUAAAGACGAUAGUCUCAGAUGAUAAUAUGAGAUUCUGGUACUUACCUGAGUUACAACCAAGUUAAGAUUUUGAGCUCCUCAUGAUAUAAUUGUUUGUAGCAGAUAGCUUGGCUAUCAAAAAAGCAACAUGGCAGGGUGAAAAACAUCACCCAACAAAUUCUAAGAACAUUCAACAGCAGGCUGGCGAUAAGGUAUACAUAAAAUCUAUACCGAAGAAAGGAAUUUUCAAGAAAUUGGAGAGAGGAAACAGAGCAAGGACAUCCUCGUUGAAAUAGCAUCUUGUUUCAGCCCUUCUCUGGGGGUCUGUGCGACUGUGAAAAAAAUAAUAAUAAUGGAGGUACCAAAAGGUUUUUUUUUCCAUAGUGAAUGUCAAAUGAUACUUUGAGCAAUGAGGUUGUCAUAUGCUGAGCAGAUAUUGACACCUAGAACUGAGUAAUUCUUUUAAUGACUGCCUAGGAUUCAUGAAGAUUUUAAAGUGGGGUCUUUCCUGGUAACCUUUGGAUCCUGGGGACCUGGGAGGGGGUGCAAGUCGGUAGUAUCCCCUGACGCUUCGAUCUAUUGUGAUGGGAGUGGAGAUGAACAUCUUGCAAGGAGCAGGAAGGUGUAGGUCUCAUUUAGCCUUUGCAAGACUGCUUCCUCCUCCUUCGGCAAUUCCAAGGACAGCUGAGCUUGGAGGGCAGAGGAAAUUUAAUUCAGAAAACGUGGGAGUCGGGAAUACCUGGCUGUCCCACCAAGGAGGAGAAAAGUUGAUCAAGAGGAGAACAGAACCGAAGAACCACCCUUCCAAAACAAAGUCCAGCUUCUUUGCUUCCUACUCAUCUUACGUCUUUCCCAAAGUGGGACUUUACAAGCUCUGGCUACCGUGAUUUCAUUUCAGGAAGGUUAUGUUGAAUGAAGAUGAGUUCCUAGUCUGUACUAAAUCAGCAGGUAGAAGAUACAGGAAGUUCUGAAUGGUAGAGUAGAAGCAGGAGGAAAGCUCUCCUAAAUACAGGGGUCGGCUGCUGGGGGUUCACAGGGGUUCGGGAGAACCUCUAGCUAAGAUUCUGUGCAGUUAGGAGAACCCCCAAAUCCCACUGGCUGGCCCUGCCCAACCCGCCCCUCCCAGGAGUCCCCACGCAGCCCAUUUUGGAUGCAGGUAAGUGCAGGGCAUGCAUAGAAGCUCGGGGAGGAUGAAAAACGGGCCUACCGAAAGUUAGGGAAGGCCGGAAACGGGCCCAUUUCCAGCCUCCGGAGCCUGGGGAGGCUGUUUUUGCCCUCCCGGAGGCUCAAGAAAAGCCUCUGGAGCCUGGGGAGGACAAAAACGCCCCCCCUCCAUGGUGCAGGAGGCCAACAUGGCCACACCCACCAAGCAAUCAGGUAGAGAACUCCUUGCUAAAUUUUUUGAAGCUCAUCCCUGCCUAGAUAGAUCUAUUAUUUCCUGGUACUGUGGUUCCAUCUUACUCAAGCUUGACGGUCUCUCCUUAAAGAAAACAAUUUCAGGGGACGCUGCGAGCACAUCAGUGGCGGUACAGAUUUGCAACGGAAAAUGCGCAGUGCUAAUUUUGCCUUCCGAUAGUUGACAGGAAGCACGCUUUGGAGCAGAUGAGGAGGAAGCCCACUCCCCGUUUUGAGCCAUAGGCUUACGGUUAAAUUCCUGUGUUCAAUUGUGCAAAGACUACUGCUCUCUCGCAAAAUGUGUGAAUGUCUGUGAUACCAAGAUUCUCAGGUGGGCAUCCUUUUGUACUUCGGUUCAUUCAGGAAUAAGACUUUUCUUUUGUUUGUUUGUGUGUUGUUUUUUAAAAAAAUAAGAUGCAGUAUGAUCUCUCCUAUUGAGCCAGAUGGGUUAUUUUGCUGUUGCUUCCAGAUUCCUGCCAAGCAUUUGGCAAAAAUAACACUUGCUUGAGAUGUGAGGCUGUAGGUGACUUCGAAUCCCCUAAUCAACGUGGGUACUGGAAGGGAAGAAUAGUGGCUGAAAUAAUCUGCAUUGUUCUUACCUCCUCAAAAGAAAAAAGUGGCAACCUUUAUAAUUUAAGGAAAUUGAAAUCAUUUGCAUCUUUUUUUUUUUUCCCCUUUCGGAUGUCAUCGAAUUCUUGCGAUGGGCAUAACUUCAUCCGGAGCCUUUUGUGAAGGCUGUUAUUCACACUUGAAAGGAAGCUGCUAAAAUCAUUUCAGACAGGGGUAUCAAACUCAAGGCCCGCGGACUGGAUCCGCCCCACGGACUUCUUAGAUCUGACCCGCGGGGUCACCCUGGAAACAGCAAAGGACUGGCCCCUGGUGCUUCGGCCAGUGAAAAUGGAGAUCAGGAGGACCGCAAGUGGCUCUCCCGAGCUCCGUUUUCGCUCGCCGAGGGUUGCAGGAGGCCGUUGCAGCCGAAAACGGAACUCGGGAGCCUGUUAUCGCUGGCAGAGUGCUCGGGCCACCACAGGAGCCCCCGACACGAGUGACGUUGAGCUGGCCACGUCAACCCCGGUCACGCCACACCCCCGCCCUUCCGGGAUCAAACACAACCCUGAUGCGGCCCACAAUGAAAUCGAGUUUGACACCCCUGAUUUAAGAGAUCAUGCUGUUUUUUGGUUUUAACCUUGAUAACACAGAGGCGAGGAAGAAGGAGUAAUUAAAGCAUUAUGCUGUGGACCACCUGAUUGUUUUUUGACACCCUCUGGAAGGCGUGCUUAUUACUGCAAAGUUAAAUGGGGUUUAAUCCCCCGAUCAAUAGACCCACAAUUACAGCUUUCAUCCACUUCUUUGCUCUGGAGAUUUUUUUUUUUUUAGCCGUUGUUAAUACAUAAAAUUAUGACCAGAA